AAAAAAGAAAAAAAAAAAGAAAAAGUCGUCUCAUUUUUUGUAAUAUUGAUAAAAUGAAGGGGCGACUUCUACAAUACUCCAUGUUUCGUUGGCAUUUUUUGUUGAGUCGUCUGGUACUGGUGCUGCUGCUGCCGAUGCUGACUUGCUUGAAGCAGUAGCAGCCGUCAUACUCGUCAAUGGUAGGAAGGAGGGUAGGGCUUUUCGCACUUGUUGUUCAGGAUCAUUGGUAGGAAUCGGUGUGGGACCUGCAGCAUGAAUAAGGUCAUUGGCACUGGCUUUCUUUUGUCUAUCAACAUCAUCGUUUUCAUCUUCACUUUCCGAAUAAUAAUGAUAUUCAACUUCAAAUUCCUCCGUUUCUUCAUCGUCAUCGUCGUCCUCCUCGUCGUCCUCCUCGUCUUCAUCUCUAUCAAUAACAAUGCCCCUCUCUUGAUGACGAAGAGGUUGAGAAGAGUGAUAAUGAGCAGAAUGCUGUUGCUGCUGAUGUUGUGAAGGGGAAGGAUCCUCUAACUGAGAAGUACGAAGCGUCCCUUUUCUUUUCUUUGGUUUUUUUAUCGU